AUGGCUGAAGACGCUCGAGUUUCUCAUCUCACUUUUAUGACAUCGAUGGGUAAUUUCGUUGUGGAAUUAUAUUGGAAUCAGGCACCUAGAACAUGUCGUAAUUUUGCCGAGCUGUCGAAGAGAGGCUAUUACAACAACUGCAAGUUCCAUCGAAUCAUACGGGAUUUCAUGAUUCAGACUGGUGAUCCUACAGCAACGGGUCGUGGCGGUGCAUCCAUCUAUGGGCAAACAUUUGAGGAUGAACUCACGAAAGAACUGAAGCAUACUGGUGCUGGCAUUGUAUCAAUGGCAAACAGCGGCCCCAAUACGAAUGGUAGUCAAUUUUUUAUCACUUUAGCACCAACUCAAUGGCUAGAUGGAAAGCAUACCGUAUUUGGACGUAUUUCUGACGGCAUUUCAACGGUCAAUAAAAUUGGGCUAGUACCCACUGACAGCAACGAUAGGCCACAAGAAGAUGUAAUCAUUCGCGAUGUACAACCGAUAUACUGA